AUGAAGAGUGAUGGCGAGGCGACUACAGGGUCAGUUGAUGAGGCUGCCCCUCUUCCUGAACGUCGUUUCCCUGCUGCGAUCCGGUCUGAGACCGAGGCCGCUGUUGCUGGUCCUUCAGACCUUUCUAAUGCUGCUGUUUUGGCUACCGCUGGCCCUUCCUCCAAGAAGAGGGGUUAA